AUGCCCCCGUUGCCUCCGCCCCUCCGGUCCCGCGACCCUCGCGACACCAUCCUCACAACCAUCAGGGAUACAGUCAGCUGUAGUUGGAUAUUUUACAGUAACAGCAGUAGUUCGGGCGCGGAAGGCGCGGCCCCGGCUACCGAACCUGACCCAGAUCUUGAUUCUAUGCACAUGAUGUUGGACCCACACUUAAGGCCUAUUUCGCCUGACCUCACAAACGAAGAAUCCAAGCGGAUAUUUGAAGAACACAAGCAAUUGGCGCAGGAGUAUCUCAAGAUACAAACAGAGCUGGCGUACUUGAGCAAACACAAAUCGGAGCUCGAAGAAAAAAUGGAUGAUGAAGAGUUGCGACAAAAGAGAGAGAUUAUACAGCUUGAAAAUGAGAAGGAUUCGUUAAUAAAACUUUACUGUACAUUGAAGAACCAAGUAACUCGUGCGGAAAAUGAAAGCUGGCUUCUGGGAGAAGAUGCGCCGCACCAGUGA